AUGGCAAACAGCGAGGCGAGUUGUAAAGCGUCUUUGGCAAUCCUCACUUGUCUUAUUCUCGCUGAAAUGAAACCUACCUCCGGAUCCUAUGUAUUGUUCACACUGAUAGAAACGUGUAUUGAAUGGCUCAAGGAAGUUACGCCAUCAGCUCACAGUCGCGACGACGCCAUAGAACACGUUAUUCCUGCUGCCAAGAAGGAAACUGUGUUGACUGUCAGCUUGGUGUCACUAAUGGCUGUUGCAUUUACUCGAAUUACGGAAGAGAACAAACAGUUGAAGCUACUUAUCAACUUUCUAUAUCAAUUAUUGGGGCUUUACGCAGCACUUGAAUGGAUUGUAUCCGAUGCUGUCGACUGUGCACUCGCCGAGAUGGCAACGGCUCUGGGUCUGUCAGUGUCGGAAUUUUUAUACAAAAAUGGGUCAUAUAUCGUUCAUCAUGUCGCCGUAGCCACACAGUCUCGUUCUGAGCACGACCAUGCUCCCGUGGUGUUUUGCGCUGUCCUGGACAAAGUUGACGAUAGUCGAUUAUACAGUAGUGUGAAACAUAUUGUUGAAGAUUUACUGCGAGCAUUAGAUAUGUUCAAGCAGGAAUUUUGCAUUUUGGUCAUGCGUUCUAUGCUUUCCUUCGUUAAGGCGAUAGGCAGAUGGUUCCCCGAUUUGAAGCCAUUGCCGGAGGAGGAAAACUGCAGUGGAGACGACAAUGAAGAAGUUUUGGAAGCUAAAGGAAAAGCUCUUCCACCACCGAUUUCAGACGUUGAGCGGAUUUUGCUAAGGACUAAACAUCUGAUGUCGUCAUCACAUCUUCCUAUACGAUUACUAGCAAUGAGUAUUCUUCGAGAAGGUCUAUACGUACUUCGGAAUUUCGAUGACGCAUUGUUGCCCAUGGUCCACCAGAACUGGGAAACGCUAGUAAACAGAUUUUCGGACAAGGAACUGGAAGUAUGUCAGGAAGCUAUCAAGGUUGUGGUGCAGAUGGUUAAUGUGUCGAAAACGUUCGUGUAUCGCCGUGUGCGAUACCAGCUGUGGCCUGUACUUGAGAAAUGGGUGAUCCGCGAUCGUCUUCAUACAUUUGCUAAGGGAACAUCGUCAUACAAACUGCAGCUGUUAGUAACACAGAGUGUCGCCGACAUUUGGAUUGGUAUAGAAGCUCUUCCUGCGGAUGCAGAGCUGGUUCUUAGUAUAUUAGCGCAGAUAGGUCAACAAUCUACCGACACGCAGCUAAAAACGGAGUCCGAAUUGGCUUCCGAGCGACUUAAAUCUUACCUUCGAGAGAGGGCGCGAAAUGAUGGAAGAGCUGCACUUUAA